AAUGACAGUCGAACUGACACUGACAGUCGACGUGCUGUGAUAGCGAUGGAAAACAAUGGAUUGGAAGUAGUGUUUUGAUUAUUUCUAGGGCUAAAAAUCUAUCAGUCUUUGGCAACUCUGUUCAAUCAGCUGGUAUUCCUUGAUCGAGUUUACUGACGUAAAUUGUACAUGCGAAUAACAAGCAGCAAACAUCAGUUAAUUGUUUUUACCUUCCCCAAAUGACAUUCUAUUAGUCAUCAUCUGGUAAACUCGAAUUGCACACAUGCAGAAAAUAGAAAAGUAUUUAGACAACAUCACUAAUAAGAUGGCAAAAACCAACCAAGAAGUUGUUUUCGAAGGUUGGUUGACCAAAUCACCGCCAACAAAGAGGAUUUUAAGAGCAAGGUGGAGACGACGAUGGUUUUCCUUAACACAAGGUGAAUUGCCUGGGCAAUAUGUGCUAAAUUACUACACUGAUAGAAAUUGCAGACAUUUAAAGGGUGUUAUAAAUUUAGACCAUUGUGAACAAGUUGAUUUAGGGCUUCGAUUAGAAGAGAGAAAAUUAAAAUUUGAUCAUGUGUUUGAUAUUAAAACUCCAACCAGGACAUACUACUUAGCAGCAGAUACUGAAGUAGAAAUGAGAUCUUGGGUGAAGUGCAUUUGUAAGGUUUGUGGUUUAAGAGCAGAUGCAGCAACAAAUGAUGAUGACGACUCUAGAAUUUCUGAAAAUCCUAGUAAUAUGCCUUCAGAUGUAGAGGUGGUUGAAGAGAAUAGUGGCACUUUAAAGAAAAAUAUUACAACUACUGUUAGUACUAGUCCUUACAUUCCAAUAUCCGAAUGUAUGACAGGAAAAUAUCCUGUUUUCGAUAGGCAGGAUCUCAAUAAUUGUUUAACACAAAAAGUUACAAGCUGGCAGAAUAAUACUUAUGGAACCGGAGCAUCUCAAAAGAUAUACCUAAAUUAUGUUAAUGACAUGCAAAUGUUUUACGAUAGUCCAAGAAAACAUAAUGCAAAACCUCUCUCUAAACCUGCAAAAACAGAAGCUGAUUUAGGCAAUGAUGGUUCACCCUUACAGAGCCCAACCGACUCAGAAAAUGUAUUCAAUGAAGAAGAUUGGAAUGAUAAUGCAUCCUCAGAAGGGACAAGAGUUAAACGACCCUCUACAGGUUCGAUAGACUUGGAUCUGAUAGUCACCCAGAAGUUCACGAAGACAGAAGCGCCACCUAGACCUCCAAAACCAACCAAUAUUGCUCAACAGAAUUCUCCCAAUUACCUGAAUCUGACCCUUCCCAUAGGCGAUCAAAAAGAUCUCACGUCCGGUGACGUUACCACAGGAAAUGAAUCACAGAAAGUCAUUACCGAUGAAAUGUAUGAUUUCCCAAGAUCGCAUCAGGUGGAAAGCGAUACAUUGAGGUAUUCCUUCAGUAGGAGACAUUGUUAUAACAAUGCCGCCCCAGUGAGGUUAGACGGACAAAUCUUCAAAUAUGACAUAUCACCUAAACCCUGCACAAGCCAGGUUUUUAGAUACGAUAUGACUGAUACUCAGGAAGAACCUGCAUCACCACAUUCUCAAGGCUCAUCGACACCAGCCUAUUCCAAUCUUCCCAGUCCACUUUUAACGGAAACGCAAUUGAUGCCCCCUCCCAUUGUACAUCGGGAGCUGAAACCAAAGAGGAAAUUAUCAGAUUCACUGUCUAUUUCUUCAAUGAACGAACCGCCUUCCCCCAGAGGGGCGCCAAGCGUUGAUAGAAAGUUGAAACCUCCAACUCCUUUGCAGGAGGCUCAUAUGAGAAGAAACGCAAACCUGGACGAUGAUCGAAGAAUGAGAGGUGCCCCAAGUCCUUCUCCCUUGAGUAGAGGCCAUUCCGACGAGAACUUGUCUUCGCCGUUGGAAUGUGAUUAUAUAGUGUCUAAAAUGCAAUAUCUGGAUCUUGACUUGGAUUGUAAAAUACCAAGUUCGUCGUCAGUGAACAUUAUCAAGAACGAAUCGAGUACAGUGUACAAGGAAGUCGAUUUCAAAAAAACUCACGCUUUCAACAUCACAAAAAAUAUCUUGGAAAAAGAGAGGCAAGAUACUGUUGCUUUCCAUAAGAAAUGAUGAAACGAAACAAUCCAGAUAAUUGAUUUUAUCGUACACUAUUUUUUCAUCUGUAUUAUCGAUGUAUAUUUGCUCACUCGACUGUAUUUUUUCUAAUGUUAUUAAUUUUUAUACUAAGUGGAUGAAAGCAAUCGAGACGAUACCUCAGCGUUUUAUAGCUGAAGAAGUUCAUAUCAGUAAUUUUUCAAGUUGUAGAGGCUACUUUUAAGCAGCUAUGUUAUUAUAUUUGUUCAGGCUGUAGAGCUUGUUCGAUGAUUUAAAAGUUUUUCUAUUAACUUCAUGAUACAUGUUGAUGGUUUUUCUUUUCCUUUACUUUUCUUCAAUUCGAAGAUUUAUUUUUGAAGUGCAACGAAUAAUUAUAUAUUUUAAUGUGAUUACAAAGUUUGAAACUUAUAUCUCUUUAACCUGAAAUUUCUUGGGUACUCUUGCAUUUUAUACAUUAUUUUUUUAGAGUUUUUCUCAAAACUGCGAUAAUUAGCAUUUAUUUCAUUUGAAUUCAUAAACCAAUGUGAUUUACAUGUAAUUCAUCCAGAGACAAUCAGAAUCUUCGGUAAUUAUAGGAGUGUACCUAAAGGGAAGCUUCUUCCAUUUAUGUAUUGUUGAAUAAUUCUCGACUUAAUUCUUUUUAUAAAAUUUCAGCUUCCUGAAGUGGCCAUUCUUAAAUUCCAUAUCAUUUUGUAUUGAAAAUGUAUAAUAUUUUUAGAAUGUUAGGGUAUUGAUUAGUCAAAUAUUUAAAAUAUGUUGAACUUUGAAUUUUUUACAAAUAUAUGUAUAUUGUCAGA